AUGAAAGGUGGAAAAGCUCAAGGACCUGACAAGAUCCCACCAGAGGCGAUAAAAGCAUCAGCAGAAGUCACAGUAGAAAUCAAGCUAGACCUCAUCCAAUACAUCUGGGACACAGAAGAGGUUCCUGCAGAGUGGCAAUCAGGGUACAUAGUAAAGUUACCAAAGAAAGGUAAUCUGAGCGAAUGCAAUAAUUGGAAAGGAAAACGUUCGACUCGGUGGACAGGGACACAAUAUGGAAGAUACUGUGGUACUAUGGCCUUCACACUGGAAGACCUUGAUUACGCAGAUGACAUUGUUCUCCUGUGCCAUACCUGCAACCAGAUACAGACGAAAACAACAAGAAUGCAAGAAAUAGCCAGAAAAGCCGGACUAGAGAUCAACGUUGUCAAAACAAAGUGUAUCAGAAUAAAUCCAGGAAAUACACAGAGUAUUGACAUCGGAGGACAAGUCAUUGAAGACGUUGAUACCUUCACAUAUCUGGGCAGCAUUGUCAGUAAGACAGGAGGCACAGAGGAAGACAUCAGGGCUAGGAUAGGAAAAGCCCGCCAUGCUUCUGCUAAAUUAAGGCCAGUGCGGAAGAAUCACAACAUUCACCUGAAGGCUUUUCAACAGCAACGUGAAGACCGUUCUCCUGUAUGGUGGUGCAGAAAUAUGGAGAAGGACCAAUAG